CUCCUCUCACCCACUGCGCGUGACGUCAAGCAAGUAUGGCGGUCAAGGUGCAAUCUACCAAACGGGGAGACCCAAGCGAGCUGAAAGCAAUUUUCCAAAAGCAUGCCAGCAUAGUGGACAAGGAUGGAGAGAGGUUCAUGACCCCAGGAGACUUUGUUCAGAACUAUCUGGGACUACAGACACAACUUCACCACAACCCCAAAACUGUCCAGCUCAUCGCUGCUGUAGCUGACACCACAAAGGACGGGCUGAUCUCCUUCCAAGAGUUUCUUGCAUUUGAGUCAGUCUUGUGCGCACCUGAUGCUCUCUUCAUCGUCGCAUUCCAGCUGUUUGACAAGACUGGAACUGGCACCGUCUCUUUUGAGAAUGCACGUGAUAUCUUCAGCCAGACCACGGUACACCACCACAUUCCCUUCAACUGGGACUGUGAGUUCAUCCGUCUGCACUUUGGGAAUGACCGCAAGAAACAGCUUAGCUACCUUGAGUUCACUCAGUUCCUGCAGGAGCUGCAGCUGGAGCAUGCACGCCAAGCCUUUGCCCAGAAAGAUAAAGAGAAGAAUGGUGUCAUCUCUGCGCUGGACUUUAGUGACAUCAUGGCCACAAUCAGACACCACAUGCUCACACCGUUUGUGGAGGAGAAUCUUGUCUCGGCUGCAGGGGGCAGCACUGCUCACAUGGUCAGCUUCUCCUACUUCAACGCCUUCAACUCGCUCCUGAACAACAUGGAGCUGAUCCGCAAGAUUUACAGCACGCUGGCUGGCACACGGAAGGACACGCUCGUGACCAAAGAGGAGUUUGUUCAUGCGGCCAACAAGUUUGGUCAGAUCACUCCGAUGGAAAUAGACAUCUUGUACCAGUUAUCAGGCCUGCACUCCCCCUCUGGACGUCUCAACCUUGCGGACAUUGAAAGGAUAGCUCCGUUGGAGGAGGGAAGCCUGCCCUACAACCUUGUUGAAACCCAAAAGCAGUCCCACGGUGAAACUUCCAGGCCCAUUUGGCUCCAGGUUGCGGAGUCGGCCUACAGAUUCACUCUGGGUUCCAUUGCUGGAGCCACUGGUGCGACCGCAGUGUAUCCCAUCGACUUGGUGAAGACUCGUAUGCAGAAUCAAAGGUCCACAGGAUCAUUUGUUGGAGAGCUCAUGUACAAGAACAGCUUUGAUUGUGCAAAGAAGGUGCUUCGCUAUGAGGGCUUCUUUGGCUUCUACCGAGGUCUGGUUCCUCAGCUCAUUGGUGUGGCACCUGAGAAGGCUAUUAAACUCACAGUGAAUGACUUCGUAAGAGAUAAGUUCACUGAAAAAGAUGACUCAAUUCCUCUGUUUGCUGAGAUUCUGGCCGGCGGCUGUGCUGGAGGCUCCCAGGUUAUCUUCACCAACCCGUUGGAGAUUGUGAAGAUUCGCCUGCAGGUAGCAGGUGAGAUCACCACGGGGCCUCGGGUCAGUGCGCUCAGCGUCGUCCGUGACCUCGGCUUCUUUGGACUGUACAAGGGUGCUAAAGCUUGCUUCCUAAGGGACAUUCCAUUUUCAGCCAUCUAUUUCCCCGUGUAUGCUCAUAUUAAAACUCAACUAGCCGAUGAUCAAGGCAGACUAGGCCCCCUGCAGCUUCUUACAGCUGGAGCGAUUGCAGGUAUCCCAGCAGCCUCCCUUGUAACACCUGCUGAUGUCAUCAAGACACGUCUGCAAGUCGCGGCAAGAGCAGGACAAACGACUUACUCGGGAGUUGUCGACUGCUUCAGAAAAAUUCUGAAAGAGGAAGGCUUUAGUGCUUUGUGGAAAGGAGCUGGAGCUCGUAUGUGCCGGUCCUCCCCUCAGUUUGGCGUGACUCUCGUGACCUAUGAACUCCUGCAGCGAUGGUUCUACGUUGAUUUUGGAGGACACCGUCCAGCAGGAUCUGAACCAACGCCCAAGUCUCGCAUUUCAGAGCUUCCUCCCAUCAACGCCGACCACGUCGGAGGCUACCGCCUGGCUGCGGCGACAUUUGCUGGGGUGGAGAAUAAAUUUGGCCUCCACCUUCCCAAGUUCAAGUCCUCCGGCGUGGUCUCCAUUCAUCACCAGGAGUCGACCGCUGCCAGCCGAGCUCCGGCGCCAUAAAAAUUAAUGUCUGCACAUCAUUUCUCCACCCCCCAGGGGCCAGACACAGAGAUAAACACAAGCACAGAGUUGAUACCUGACUUCACGUUACGGACUGUUGACGCAGGAGCGAACACCACCAGCCCGUUCCUCUGUCCAGAGUGAAGUUGUGCUCCAGAGGUCACCGGCCAGCUGUUGGCGUAGAGGGGCGUCUGCCACGAAGCACACAGCACCAGGAACGGAGCGCUGACUGUGUUGUAUCUUCAGUGGCUGUGUGCUCCUGGGAACUCCAUUUUUGUGUUUUUUUUUCUCUGAGCAUUUAUGUAAAACUGAACCCUUGGGCACUCCUUGUUGUCUCAUGAAUAGAUUGAUUUGUUUUUUGUCCAAUCCUCAGUAUGAGUAGGACUUAUCUUAUUGGGCAGUGGGAAUAGAAAAUAUUUGAUUGAUGGUUUGCACAGUGUGUGAGGCCCCCCCUCCCCCCUCACGGCAGCUCCUACCAGGAGGCUACAUACUGUACAUAUUGUAAAACUGUACUGAAAAAAUGUUACAAGACAAAGCCCUGAAACAUUCAGCCUGCAUCGUUGCACACUAAUGCUAAUGUUAUGGCAACAUGGGGCCGUAGGUCCUGGUCUCUGAGAAUCACUCUUACUGAUGUACAGUACUUUAAAUUCAAGUGUUUUCUCGGUAAAACACGAGUC